AUGGCAUUAAAUACUGCUAUAGACAAUUACCCAUUCACGGUGGUAUUUUUGAGUAAUGUUGUUUUUGCUGAUAAUGAAAAUGAGAUCAAAGGAACAUAUCCAUAUAUGGCCUUCAUUUACUAUUCCGACGAAUCAGUAGUAGACUCUACUGGCAGCCGCUUUUUUCGGGGAGCGGUCCUGAUCCUGAAAGACUGGCUUCUUACCUCUGCGGUCCAGACCAGUGACGAUGCCAGCGAUGUCGCAUUUCCUAGGAAGACCUUACUUGCGAGACUAGGAGCUGUGGGUACUGACUCAAAAUUCACGCUGAACGAAGAUGAAGACGAACAAGAAAGAGAGAUCAUCCAAAUAGUUCGGCCCUACAAUCACAGCGCGACCCAGUGGUGGCGGACCGAUAUAACGCUGAUGCAAACGCUGCUUCCCUUCAACCUGACCGCUACCGUGAACCUGGCUCCCAGAAUCAUGAGUGUUCCUAAUGACAAGCCCUGCUUUAUACUUGCUUAUGCUAGACGUUAUGGCAAUGCAUCAGAAGAGCGGUUAUUAGUCCAGUCGACUGUGGAUUUGCUUCCACCCUCAAUUGCCAACUGCGGGAGCCAUUUCUUCGAAGAGACCAUGACGUGCGGCAACGACGUCGAGGACAACAAAAAUGAGUUCCGUGACAGGGCCAACUUUUGUCAGGGCUUCAAGGGAGGACCGUUAAUAUGCGACAACUCUUUGGUGGGGCUGCAAACGUACGUAGAUAGUUGCAAAGCACCACAUCUAUACCAAAUGAUUUCUCCGUGGAUGCAUUUGAUAUCGUGUGCAACCAACAACAAGUGUAACCAGAUAGAAUGCGCCGACCUGUGCGUUAUCACCCAGAAAGAUGCUCCUUUGACAUUGGAAUCAACGACACAUACAUUAAGCACAGAAGAAACCACCUUUGCUCAAGAAAUUACCAAUGUUACGAUGACAGAAACUACGACUGAAAGUACGUCUGAGUCUAGUAUGUUGACCAGUGAGUUUAUAUUACAAACGCAAACCACGAUGAAGGAAGUAACGGAGGAGUCGCACGAAACUACUACUGCCGAAGUCACUACAGGUUCAACGGUUAUUGAAGAAAGUGAACCCCAACCUAUUGUCCUAGCGUCAGCAAAGCCGGCAACUUCACCGUCAACACAGCCAUCAUUUGAAUCAAAAGAACUAGUGUCAAAUACGCAACAGCCAGUUUGGCCUAAAGCAAAGGAAGAUCAUCAAAAGCUGCAAAAAGAGGAUUGUGAGGAAAUGAAAACAAUUAAUGUGCAAGCACAACAAGAAGCACGGGCCAUGCCGAAGAAGGGAAAGAGGAAGAGGAGAAAUGGAGCUGCCGAAAGAAAUAUUUGUGUUUUCCAAAGUGUGUUUUGCAUUUUUGUUUUGGCAAGUUUUUUCUAA